AUGGCUGCCCAAGAAGAUGCUUCAGCAUGGGAGGCACCAACUCCUACAACAAGGACUCCUGAUCCAAAUGCCGACACUUCUCUACUAGGGCGAGCUUGCUUCUCUCGAACCGGCAUUGUUAGGCGGAAGCCUGCUCGAGGCGAUGCACCGCCAACGCUUUCCAAGUCCUGCUCCGACAAGCUAGCACUCAAGCAAUGCACUUCGCUCCUUUCAGCUCUUACAUCACUUUUUAUCGACUCAACCAACGCAUACAUUCACAGCAUCGUAUUGCCAGAAUCUCAACAUUCUAAUGUUGCCUGCAGGCGGGCUUUCUCAGAAGAAGGCAGAUUGAGACCUUUAGCUGAAAAGAUGUGGGCGGGGGGGUAUUCAUUCAAGCAAUUCUCAGUCAUGACAACUGGUCUGGAGUUCGAGUUCUCAAAAAUAGCCGUGAAGAAUCGGGCUGAUAAGAUAUCGGCCAGCAACCUUGCAGCAGCAUGGUCAUCUUCAGGGUUUGAAGAAAACAUAAUAGGGGGAGUUAUCCAAGGCCGGAAAGCGUUCAACACAAAUGCAGCAAGUCGAAUGUCUAGGCGAAACAUGUGGGAGGCAGCAAGAGACCUUGCCGAUAGACUUGGCGUUGGGUGCUCUGUCACAGCACUAUAUCUAAAGUCUGGUACUUAUCAGGAUAUUAAACAAGGCCAACUCACAGCUCAUAGAAGAAAGGUAAAGGAAGAAGUGCGUGAAGCAGCACUUGUAGGGUGGAUCAGGAAUGACGGAGGGUCAGAUUUCCAACUAGAAAAGCGUAGCAAUCAUUGA